AUGAGGGUGAUGGUGGGCGUGCUCUUGCUCCUAGCGCUCAGAGGACCCCUCCAGACCUGGGGCUCCUGCCCUUCACAGUGCAGCUGCAGCAUCCAAGUGCUGGGUGAUGGCAGCAGGGCCAGGACGGUGGUGUGCAAUGACCCUGACAUGACCCUGCCCCCAGCCUCCAUCCCCCUGGACACCUGCCGACUGCAGCUGGAGAGGACGGCUAUCAGCAGGCUGCCCGAGGAAGCUUUCCGACUGCUGGGCCGCCUGGAACAGUUGUGGCUGCCCUAUAAUGCCCUUGGAGACCUCAGCGCCUUCAUGCUCCAAGGCCUGCAGCGUCUGCAUGAGCUGAGGCUGCCUGGGAACCACCUGGUCACUUUCCCCUGGGCGGCUCUCAGAGAUGCGCCCCAGCUGCGGCUGCUGGACUUACAGGCCAACCGCCUGGCUGCUGUGCCAAAGGAGGCUGCACACUUCCUGGGAAACCUCACCUUCCUGGACCUCUCCAACAACCAGUUGAUGAGACUCCCACAGGAGCUGCUGGCUACCUGGGCCCAUCGACAGACAUCAUCAUUCCUGCCUGGCUACCACACCAGGCUGAUCCUAGGGCUCCAAGACAACCCGUGGGUGUGCGACUGCCAGCUCUAUGACUUAGCCCACUUUAUGGAUGACUGGUCUCCAUAUCUGGCCUUCAUUGAGUCCAGGUUGCUGUGUGCCAGCCCCAAAAGCCUGGCUGGGGUGACCUUCAGCCAGCUGGAACUUAGGAAGUGCCGGGGUCCAGAGCUCCGCCCAGGUGUAACUACCCUUAGGUCACCUGUGGGCAGCACAGCAUUGCUUCGUUGUGGGGCCACAGGAGUCCCUGGGCCUGAGAUGAGCUGGAGGAGGACCAACGGGAAACUGCUCAAUGGCACAGUGCACCAAGAGGUCUCCCAGGACGGUACCAGCUGGGCUCUGCUGGGCCUGUCCGCAGUGUCCUAUCAAGACUCCGGAGACUAUGUUUGCCAGGCCAAGAACCUCCUGGGCAUCUCUGAGAUGCUUGUGUCCCUGACUGUCACUGAGGUCCAGGCUUCCACAGAGCAGAAUCAGGACUCUGCGCCUCUGCGGGCAAGGACAGGAGAGGGAUCCGAAGAUGCCGCUUACAACGACAAACUGGUGGCGAGGCAUGUCCUCAAGUCAGCAGCCUUGGCCCCUUGGACCCCUGCACCUGCCACACAGGAGCUUCAGACCAGCGUGCCAGGUGAGGGCCCCCCGAGGCCAGAGGCACGACUGGUACGAUCCCUCAAGGUGGUGGGGGACACGUACCACAGUGUGUCCCUGAUGUGGAAGGCUCCCCAGGCUGGAAACACGACAGUCUUCAGCGUCCUCUAUGCCGUCUUUGGACAGCAUGACAUGCUGCGAGUGCCCCUACAGCCUGGCGAGACCAGUGUCACCAUCAAUGGGCUGGCGCCACGAACCAAGUACGUGGCAUGUGUGUGUGCUCGCGGCCUGGCCCCGCGCAAGGAGCAGUGCGUCAUAUUCUCCACUGACGAGGUGGUGGACGCCGAAAGCACACAGCGCCUCAUCAACGUGGUGGUGGGCAGUGUGGCUGCAGUCAUCGCACUGCCCCUCACGCUGCUCGUGUGCUGUGGAGCCCUCCGCAGACGCUGCCGUAAGUGUCGCAGCCGCAGGCCCACUGAGGUCACCAGGGCCUACAUUAGCUUGGAGAGGCUGGGCCACAGCGACCAUGGCUCCGAGGGGUUAUAUCGCCACGGCCUGGACGAGGCCGACAGGCUCCUGUCAGCCAGGUCCAGCCUGGACUCUCAGGCCCUGGGGGGCGGGCACAUCCAUGAGUACUACUGCUGA